CUCUCUCACACACAUCUUCUGUGGAAGCGCUCAGAAGCGCGAAUCGACUGACAAACUGCGGAUGAAAAUGAGUGGGUCACUCGUGUCGGAGUAAACGCGUGUUUUUGAGCUCGACUCUAAACUCUGGACCGAUCACCAUGGGAGCUGUUUGGACUGCACGACUCAUGUGUUUGUUUUCGCUCUUGUUAAAUACUCGCCAAAGCGCCGCACUUCCACACAAUACUGAUUCAGAUCAGUGCGCAGAGGGAAGCGAUGCCUGUCACAUAGACGCUAUUUGUCAAAAUACACCGACUUCAUACAAGUGCACAUGUAAAACGGGCUUUAAAGGAGACGGCAAACACUGUGAAGACAUUGAUGAAUGUGACUUGCAAUACAAUGGUGGCUGUGUACAUGAGUGUAACAACAUACCUGGAAAUUAUCGCUGCACUUGCCUUGAUGGGUUUCAUUUGGCGCAUGAUGGACACAACUGUCUUGAUGUGGAUGAAUGUGUCGUCAACAAUGGUGGCUGUCAGCAUAUAUGUGUCAACACCAUGGGAAGCUAUGAGUGCCGCUGCAAGGAGGGCUUUUUCCUGAGUGACAAUCAGCACACAUGCAUCCAUCGCUCUGUGGAAGGCCUGAGCUGCAUGAAUAAAGACCACGGCUGUGCUCAUAUCUGUAAGGAAACACCCAGAGGUGGCGUAGCCUGUGAGUGCCGACCAGGUUUCGAGCUGGCCAAAAACCAGCGGGGCUGCAUCCUGACCUGUAACCACGGCAAUGGGGGCUGCCAGCACAUCUGUGAGGACACAGAACAGGGGCCCAUCUGCAGGUGUCACGGCAGGUACGCGCUGCACGCGGAUGGCAGAACAUGUGUAGAAAGGGACGAAACAGCCCCCACCACCCCUGACCACAAUGCCACAGCCCUGGCCGAGGUCGACAAACGAGUCAAGCGUCGACUGCUCAUGGAGACGUGUGCGGUGAAUAAUGGAGGCUGUGACAGCACCUGUAAGGACACAUCCACAGGGGUUCGCUGUAGCUGCCCAGUGGGAUUCACUCUCCAGCCUGAUGGCAAGUCCUGCAAAGACAUUGAUGAGUGUGAAGUCCACAACGGUGGCUGUGACCAUUACUGCAGGAACACCAUCGGCAGCUUUGAGUGUAGCUGUCGAAAAGGCUUCAAGCUGCUGACGGACGAGCGCUCAUGCCAGGACAUCGACGAGUGCUUCUUUGAGAGGACAUGUGACCACACUUGUGUCAACUCACCUGGCAGCUUCCAGUGCGUGUGUAACAAGGGCUACACUCUCUAUGGCCUCGCCCAUUGUGGAGAUAUAAACGAAUGCAGUUUGAACAAUGGAGGUUGUGAGCACACUUGUGAGAACACUAUGGGAAGCUUCGAGUGCCGCUGUCAUGCUGGUUACAAGCUGCACUGGAACAAGAAAGACUGUAUCGAAGCAGAGGACUCUACCGCUGUGCCACCACCUGGCAGACCCACUCUCAACUGCAGUAAGCAGGGGGGAGGUGAGCACUGCUUCCUGACCUGCCAGUCUCAGGUUCAUAUAAGCAGUGGAGCUCAGGAUUCGUACACAGUGACCUGUGGCAUGCCCCUGCCCUGCCUUGCUGGAGGACAUUGGAAAGAGAACGGGUCAUACUGCCCAGGUUCAGGAAUCAAAACCAUUGCCACCUUUAAAUCUGGACCGGGGAAAUGCAAUCUAAAGCGCAGUCAGGAAAAUCUUGCACAGAGCUUCAAAACUGCUCUAUCGGAUAAAAGAGCCACAGAGAAUGUCCAGUUCAGCUUUGUUAGCCUGCACUGUGCCUCUUCAAGCAGACAGCCACGCAGUCGCCACGGGCGGAAGGCUGGUGAGGAGGAGGGGUCGUCCAUUACUGCCCAGUUUGAGCUGGACGUGAACCUGGAGGAGCAGAGGGGUGUGACCUGGCAUGCGCUCGACGGCGCUCUGAGAAGCGGCUUAGGAAAACCAUCCGCACUCUUCGUAAGUCCAUUAACCGGGAGCAGUUCCACCUGCACUUCGCUGGAUCGGAGUAAGAGCUCUCCAAGAAACUGGUCCGAACAGCUGACACGCAUGAGAACUGCGGCACGGGACAGGUUCUGCUGGACAAAAGAUGUGUCAAAUGCAGCGUUGGCACAUACUACGACGGAGAACAGGGGAGGUGCUUCCUUUGCCCCCCCGGGACGUACCAGGAUGAAAAGGGGCAGGUGUCGUGCGACGUGUGCCCGGGACCUGAGGGCAGGGGAAUCCCGAGAACCGCAGGAGCACGAAACGUCUCGGAGUGCGGAGGUCAGUGUCGUCCUGGUCAGUUCUCCCGGGAUGGGUUUGUGCCUUGUAUGGCUUGCCCACAAGGAACUUAUCAGCCUGAGGUGGGCCGCACAUCCUGUUUCUCAUGUGGAGGAAGCCUCGCAACCAAAUAUGAAGGUGCCUUGUCAUUCCAGGAUUGUGAGACUAAAGUCCAGUGCUCCCCAGGACAUUACUACAACACUAGCACCCAUCGAUGUAUCCGUUGCCCCGUUGGAACCUAUCAGAUGGAGUUUGGUCAGAACUAUUGCAUUGCAUGCCCUGGAAACACUACCACUGAUUUUGAUGGCUCAACAAACAUAAUGCAGUGCAAAAACAGGCACUGUGGAGGAGAGCUCGGAGAAUACACUGGCUAUAUUGAAUCUCCCAACUACCCUGGCAACUACCCAGCCAACAUCGAGUGCACCUGGACCAUCACCCCUCCUCCCAA